AUGGGCGUUAGCGACAGCGACCUCGACGAGAAGAAACCCCUACUCAACGAACAGGAGAGCAACGACGAGGUUGAUGACUCAAAAACCAAGGAAAAGGAGCCUGUGUCGGAUGAAGAACACAGCGAUUCUGAGGACGAAAAGUCCGAACCACAACCGCAACGCCCUGCUUCUCCUGACCCACGAUUCAACCCACCACCACCAUCACCCUUGAAACGCUUCCUGUUGAUUGUCUUUGUGACGUUCUUGCUCUGGCUGGCUUAUGCACUGAGGCAACACCACAUCAGGAAGAAGAAUAAACCACAGAUCAUCUACGCGUCGCGGUAUUCGAAGGAGUACAAAUACCGACCGGCAGCGAGCCCUAUUAUCACGGAGACGCUGAAGGAUGGGAGGAUUAGGAUUAGAGGGGCUUCACCGGAACCGACCCAGCCUCCUCCCCCUCCUCCCCCACCCAAGAAACGGAGAACGCGCAGAAGGAGGAAGGCGAAGAAGCACUAGUGCAUCGAGGCUUGGGGUCCACUCCAUCAUUAUACCCAACCAUCACAUUAUCUUAGUAUGGUCAUUUCGUGGGGUUAGUCCAGACGCCAGACGCCAAUCUAAUUGACAUUCAUUUA